UCCCAAAAGCGUAUUGCAGAUAAAAUGGAAGCCUAAGAUUAUAACUAUAAGAUGGUUAACGGUGGAUAUUGUAGUGUAAGGAAAGAACUGCAGAGAAGGCGAUAGGCUUUGAUGGCGAAGAUGAUGUCAAGUCUAACGUUGGGCCGCUCUCCAUCCACACCAUCUUUCUACAGACCCUCUUCAUCAUACUCUUCUUCUUCUGUGCCAGCCAUUGUUCGAUUUAAACCCACCAGCCAUGCUUUUGCAAAAUCAAGCUGUGUAUACAAAAAUGGAUUUGUGUGUGCUCGGGCAGACAAGAAGAAAUGGAUGAUUCCCAAAGCAGGGGAGAUGGAGGGAGAGUCGGAGGAGAUAGAGACUGAAGCAGAAACUGAAACUGAAGGUGAAUCUGAGUCCGAAGUCGAAGUCACCGGCUCAAGAAAGAAAGCUAAGUUCAUGAUCAGGAUUCCAAAGAAACAGAGGCUGGUUUUGAAAUUCAUCUGGAUGGAAAAGAACAUAGGUCUUGCUUUAGAUCAGCUCAUUCCAGGGCAUGGGACUGUUCCCUUGAGUCCUUAUUACUUCUGGCCUAGGAAGGAUGCCUGGGAAGAGCUUAAAGCAGCAUUAGAGAGUAAACCUUGGAUAUCUCCAAAGCGCACCAUAAUCCUUCUUAAUCAGGCAACUGAUAUAAUUAAUCUAUGGCAACAAAGUGGAAGCAACAUAUAACAGUUAAAAGUAAAGCAAUUGUUCUUUCUGAUGCUCAUCAUUUAAACUGCAAUUAUCAUUUGUAAUCCAAUUGGCCGCAAAUUGCUAUUUACUCCAGGAUUUUUUUUU